AUGAUAUGGACGCUGUAACGAAGAAAAAUCAGCGGGAUGGAGCAGAAGUCACUGAGAGAUUUAUUACAGAAACUGUUACCACCAGGCUGACGUCUCUUCCUCCAAAAGGAGGAGGUAGCAGUGGGCUGAAAUCAACAGCUUAUAGCGGAGGGAGCGGAGUGGAAAAGAGGACAUACGCACAUGGCAGCAGUUAUGUCACAGCGAGUGGAAAUGCUAGAAUGAAUUCCUCUUCCUCCUACAAGCAAGCCACCUCUCCUUGUUCUACUCUUCCCAAAUCACCUGGCUCAACCUUUGAACGAAAAACCUAUGCCACCCACCAUGCAACAUAUGAAGGGAGCUCCAGUGCAAAUUCAUCUCCGGAGAUUCCAAGAAAAGAUUUUGGUUCCUCUGCUACCAGGGGGAGAAGCCAAACCCGAGAGAGUGAAAUCCGAGUGAGGCUGCAGAGUGCUUCUCCAUCAACCAGGUGGACAGAACUAGAUGAUGUUAAGCGACUGCUUCGAGGAAGUCGGUCUGCUAGUGCCAGCCCAACACGGUCUUCAUCCAACACUCUCCCUAUACCUAAGAAAGCUGUUGUGGAAACCAAGAUGGUGACAGAGAGCACUCAGUCAGUGUCAGGGACGUACGACACAACCAUCUUGAAUGCUGCCCUCCCACCGUACAUGUGGUCCUCCACCCUGCCUGCAGGGUCAUCUCUCGGCGGCUACCACAACAACAUGACCCAAAGUUCAUCUUUGAUCAACACAGCAGCCCACUCUACUGGAUCAGUGUUCGGAGUUACAAACAACUUGGCACCCAGCAACCCCAGUCUCAAUGCUGGUCUCAGUACUUCUUCUACAGUAUUUGGGGUUCAAAACAACCUGGCCCCAGCUACUCUUGGUGUUGGCAACAAUGUAAACACAGCCUCUACAGCAUAUGGAGUAAAGAAAAAUACUAUGCAGAGCUCUGGUGUGACCAGCACUGGAGUGUCUACCUCAUCUACAACUGCAGCCGCCACCACAGGAUCUCAGCAUGAUGACUUCCUGCGCAAAGACUGCAAGUUCCUGCUCCUAGAGAAAGAGAAUGUCACUCCCAAAAAAGAGAUGGAGCUGUUGAUCAUGACCAAGGACAAUGGGAAAGUUUUCAGUGCAUCCAGCGCUGGGCUCAGCGGAGGCUGUUAUACUGAAGACACCCUAAAGAAAGACAAGCAGGCCAAUGCUGCUUAUACUGGAGAUUCCUACCUGAAAUCAGAAUCAAACGGAGGACUAAAAUCUGUUUCUACAAAGGACAAAGCCACCUAUGCAGAAGUUCGAGGUGAUGAUGGAUGUGGUGGGGCAGGUGCGGCCCCAGCCUGGUGUCCUUGUGCUUCCUGUUGUAGCUGGUGGAAGUGGCUUCUAGGUUUGCUCCUGGCCUGGCUGUUCCUCCUUGGCCUACUGUUUGGGCUUAUUGCACUGGCGGAGGAAGUGAGGAGGCUAAGAUCCCGUGUGGAGAACCUUGAAUCCCAAGGCAGCUUCCAGUACUUUAACAAUGAGAAAGAUGUCCAAGGGGGGACAUAUAGCAGACUUGAAGCAGGACCAAAUGAUCUGAAUGAAGAGAAGCUGUGGGCGUUAAUGAAGUACAGGCUAGAUAAGGAGAUAAAUAAAGGUUAUUUGCAAGGACAAAAAGGUAGUCCCCCCUGCUCAGGUGAUAUGGGCCCACAAGGACCAAAGGGAGAGCAAGGGUUCCCUGGCAUACCAGGUCCUCCAGGUCCGAAAGGUCACCCUGGACCUGAUGGACAGAAGGGCAGCAAGGGUGAAACUGGCAUGGAGGGUCCCAUGGGGCAAAGAGGGCGUGAGGGACCGCAAGGACCUCGUGGGGAGCCUGGGAUACCUGGAAAUGCACAGAAAGGUGAAAGAGGUCCUGUUGGAGAACCAGGACCUCCAGGCCCACCAGGUAUCCCGGGUCUUAAAGGUGUGAUGGGUUCUCCAGGUCCCCAUGGUCCUCCUGGUCCUUCUGGAAUGCAAGGAUUCAGAGGUGAACCAGGUAGCCCAGGUGUUAAAGGUGAAAGGGGAGCCGCAGGAGCACCUGGACCCAAAGGUGAUCCAGGAGAGAAAGGAUCUAGGGGUCUUACAGGUGAGCCAGGUCCCAGAGGACUGCCUGGGCCUCCAGGUGAACCAGGAGCUAAAGGACCUGCAGGUCCUCCUGGCCCAGAUGGAAGCCCAGGCCACAGAGGUGAGCAGGGUCUUAAGGGAAUACCAGGCCUACGAGGACCAUCUGGACCUCCUGGAGAUGCAGGGCAGCCAGGUCUCACAGGACCACAAGGCCCACCAGGGCUCCCAGGCAAUCCAGGCCAACCAGGACCUAAAGGUGAACCUGGAGCACCAGGCCAAGUUACUUCCACAGAUAGUGGAUCAACAGUUACUUUCCGUGGACCUCCAGGCCCACCAGGAGCUGCUGGACCUCCAGGCCCACCUGGUGUCCCAGGUCCUGUUGGCCCAGCUGGUCUUCCUGGAUCUCAAGGUCCUCGGGGUGAGAGAGGUCCCCCAGGUGAAACUACCAUUGUGGAAACUGUCAGACCAAACAGUGCUGCUGUUGAAGCUAUGCCAAAUAUGCAAGGAAGGCCAGGACCUCCAGGACCCCCAGGUCCACCAGGUGCUUCUGUUCAGGGCCCACCAGGACCCCGUGGCCCACCAGGCCUACCUGGUCCCCCAGGCCCACCAGGAAGACCCGGAUCCUUUGUACCCACAUCAGAGACUUUCUUUGCUGGUCCACCAGGUCCACCUGGUCCUCCAGGUCCAAAGGGAGAUCAAGGCUUGCCGGGCCCACGAGGAUUCACAGGUGAACCAGGCCAGCCAGGUCUCCCAGGAUCUUCUAUACAAGGUUCCGGAGUUGCCGUCCAAGGGCCACCUGGGCUUCCUGGGCCACCUGGACCCAAAGGAGACAAAGGUGUUCCAGGCGCCCCUGGCAUCCCAGGAGGAGGUAAGACUGGAUCAAGAAGUUCUCCGGGUCCUCCAGGUCCCCCAGGCCCUCCUGGACCUCCAGGCCUAGGAAUUGGCUCAAUGCAAGAGAUGCAGCAGUACAUAGCUGAGUACCUGCAGAGUGACUCCAUUGGGCGUUAUCUGAUUGGACCACAAGGCCCACCUGGCCCUCCAGGGCCUCCAGGAAUCUCCAUUGGUGGUGAAUCUUUGGACUACACUGAACUGGCUCGCCAUGUCAUGGCCUACAUAUCCAGUUCCUCCAUGUCUAGCUCUUUCUCCACAUUUUCUUAUGAAGAUCUUCUUACCAUGCUGAAGAGAGAAGACGUUCGUUCAUAUCUCAUUGGACCUCAGGGUCCCCCAGGUCCCCCUGGGCCACCUGGACUGGGAGGAGCUGACUUAUCUCUGUUGUUGGACUAUGAUGAGUUGACAAGACGAGUUAUCAGCUAUAUGACAAGUUCAGGUAUUGGCACUGGGCUUCCGGGUCCUCCAGGUCCUCCAGGUUUGCCUGGACCAUCUUAUGGAGAUAUCGAAACUUGGCUCCGAGCCUCAGAAUUCAGUGGCAUUGUUGGACCACCUGGACCCCCAGGUCCACCAGGAAUUCCCGGCAUCUCUCUUUCCUCCCUCAGUGCAGAAGACUUCUCCCGAUAUCUGCAAAGUAUUGGAUACUCAUCACUUUCAGGACUACCAGGACCACGAGGACCACCAGGCCCUCCAGGACCACCUGGCUUUUCAGGAACAGGCCUUAUUUUCGAUGAUAGCAAUGAUGUUUUGAGUGACCAGUUCAAGAGUGCCUUGAUCCAGUACCUUAUCAGUGAUGAUGUGCGUGGCAUCAUCAGAGGACCUCCUGGGCCUCCAGGACCACCUGGCCCAGCAGAUGCCAACUUCAUGGGUACAUCUUAUGGAGAAUCCCUAAAUUCAGAUGGAUCACGUGGCAGUUCCGUGAGUUCUGCCCUAUCCUAUGAUUCAUCACUAGCCUCAAGAAGAUCAUACAGCAGUUCAUUGGGAAGCAAUGGAGAAUAUGGUGGGUCACAUGGAGCAGAUGGAUCUUUUGGCGGAUCGCUUGGAGCAGAUGGAUCUUUUGGCGGAUCACUUGGAGCAGAUGGAUCUUUUGGGGGAUCGCUUGGAGCAGAUGGAUCUUUUGGCGGAUCGCUUGGAGCAGAUGGAUCACAGAUAAGAUCAGUGGGUACAGGAGGAUCCUACAGUGGUUCAUAUGCUGGCUCACUGAAUUACAAUGAGCUAGCAGCCAGAGUAUCAGAGAAUAUACAGAGUCGAGGGCUCCUUCAGGACAUGUUAGCAUAUGCUGUGCAAGGACCUCCAGGGCCCCCAGGGCCUCCUGGCAUCCCAGGCAUCAGCAGGGUGUUUGCAGCCUAUGGCAAUGUCACUGCAGACCUCAUGGAUUUCUUCAGAACUUAUGGAACUAUUCCAGGACCACCUGGACAGAAAGGAGAGAUGGGAUUCCCAGGACCCAAAGGUGAUACUGGACCAAUGGGCCCCCCAGGCCGCCAAGGCCCAAGAGGACCAAGGGGUGAAAAGGGUGAGAAAGGUGAGCCAGCAUAUGUCAGUCGAAGAAAAAGGAGAAGCCUGGGCGUCUAGGACAGAAUCUUCCUCAGCUGUUUGUGGUUGCUUUUUGAUCUCCAUAGAGAGAACCCCCAAUUUCCAGUGACUCCCAGCAAGUGACCCCCCCACCUGCCACUAACACUUGGUAUCUGGGGAAAGAAUUAUUAUUUUAACAUGUUACCUUGCAUGUAGGAUUUGGCUGGCUUCCAGUAGUGCACAUUGAACUCAUCUGUUUGUUGUUAGCACAUGUGGAUUGGAACUGGGCAGAACCCUCAGCUGACCCUGAGAAUUUUAUAUCUGCAUAACUCCCUAAGUUUAAAUUACUAUCUAGGACACACACAACUCCAUUCCUUCAGAUGAAGAUUAGAAUGAGUAGAAACUUU